AUCUUCAAAGUUUUCUGGAGUGAGCCACGGGGCAAGUGCAUCCCAUCGAUAUCAGGUUGCGAGAAGACUAUUUCGGACCUUGAGCACUUUUUUCUUACGGGAUUCAAACGCUUCAUUGUAUUUUCUAAUGGCGAAAGACAGUGUACAGCUAUACCUAUUCUUACUUAUGAAAGCAUGGCCUGCACUAAAAAAGGCGUCCAGGCCAGAAGCCAUGGUGUUAUCCAUGAUGAUCGAAAGAGGCCUCGACUGCUUAAGUCUGAACCAACUCUUGGAUAUAGGCCAGUUAGAGCAGUGAUGUCGGAAACGAGUGAGACUCUAUCAACAGAGUCACGCCUUAACUACUCUAAGCAUACAAUCAUUGAGUAUAACGCUCUCACUUAUUUUAUUGGGUUUAUUCACCCAGAUGAUUGGAAGAUCUUUAAAAGAGCUGUCUCCCAUUGUGUAAAACAACAAAGUAGGUACUAUAAAUAG